AAGCAACUUCCGGCUGAUUAUACUUACGCGUGUGCGUGUGUUGUUUUAGUUUAUUACAUUUAAGUUUGUGACUGUAAUAAUUGUGUCUGUGUCUGAAUUGCCAUUGUUAUAUUUUCUGUUUCCACUGCAUGUAUUAUAUGAAUUUUGCAGUAAUAUAUACAUCAGUUGUGAAUAAUUAUUAUUGCGGUUUAAUUAACGAAAAUGACUAGAAUGAACCUGGAUGGAGAGUGUCAGGACCUAGCAUCGUUGCGCUUGCGUCAAAAUUAUACAAAAUUAGCCGAAGAAAGGCCAUGGAAGACCACUUCUGCAAAACGUGUGUCACGUGCUUGGAAGAAUUAAGAUUCCCGGCCAGAGAUGGUUAUGACAUGCCAAAGAAAUUCCAGAAACAGUUUGUUUCUCCGACAGACGAUGAUUUGCCAGUUGCUAGGACCGUGGGCUGCUUGGGAUUCAGACUGCCGUCUACCAGCAGCACGACCGCUACUUCGGCCCGGCGCACGACCCGUCCCGCGACUUGUCUCCCAACCUGCCGAUCCACUCGUGCGACUCGUCGUCCAUGGGCGACGUGGAGCCCAGCAACUGCAGUACCAGCAACUGUAGUACCCCCAGCAGCUGCGCCCACCACCGACCACUCCUGCCAUGCAACAACAACUGCGGCAACAGUCUGUGCCGGCUGUCGAUGGCCCGCGGCAACAUCGUGGGGGUCCCAGCGGCUCCUUCGGCAACUGCGAUGCCUUCACCCCUCCACUGUUGCACCCCAAGAUCGAGCAGCACCCGAACCCGGGGACGCCUCCCACACCACCGACCUCGGCAGAAGACGUGGUUGUAUGCGCGGGGUGCGGCCAUCGCAUCUCUGACCGGUUCUAUCUUCUGGCCGUUGACCGACGCUGGCACGCGUCCUGCCUACAGUGCUGCCAGUGUCGACAGACGCUGGACGGGGAGACGAAAUGCUACGCGCGAGAGGGCAACAUCUACUGCAGGAAGGACUAUUACAGGAUGUUCGGCAUGAAGAGAUGUGCGCGAUGUCAAGCCGCCAUCUUGUUCACCGAGAUGGUGAUGCGCGCGCGUGACCUCGUGUUCCACGUGCACUGCUUCACGUGCGCGGUUUGCAACUCGACCUUCAGCAAGGGUGACCAGUUCGGCUUGAAAGACAGCUCCGUGUUGUGUCAGAUCCACUACGAGCUGGCUGUGUCCGAACAACAUCAGUCGCCUUCAUCUGCCACCUUCCCUGGCGGCGGGGGUGGGGGUGGCUCUUACCCGCCUCCGUUUCCAUCCCCCGAGUUUCACGCCCAUCAUCAUCCACCGGCCGCCACACCGGUCUGCCCCGACGGCGCGGUCGGCACCAAAGCGCCCUACUUCAAUGGCUCGACCACGGGGACCACGCGACAGAAGGGACGGCCCAGGAAACGGAAACCGAAAGACUUGGAGACCAUGACUGCGAACCUAGACUUGAGUGCAGACUACUUGGAUGUUUCUUUCGGACGUUCAGGUCCGGGAACUCCGGGAAUUCCCGGAUCCAACGGCCAGCAACGUACUAAGCGCAUGCGCACAUCGUUCAAGCACCAUCAGCUUCGCACCAUGAAGUCGUACUUCGCCAUUAAUCAUAACCCCGACGCCAAAGACCUGAAACAGCUAUCCCAGAAAACGGGGUUGCCAAAGAGGGUGCUUCAGGUUUGGUUCCAGAACGCGAGGGCAAAAUGGCGAAGAAUGAUGAUCAAACAGGAAGGCAAGUCCGGAGACAAAUGCCCUGGAACCGAAUCUGGCAACUCUCUUGCAGACAUGGAGUCGUUCCAGCCACAUGGACCCGGAACCGUGGGUCCGGAGUUCCAUCAGCAAGGACUUCCUCCCCACAGUCCUCCCUUCGUUCUAGGGGGCUCAUCCCCUUCACCGCUUGAGUGCUCUUAGUGCACGCGUCCAAGUGAUAAUUUAAAUUAAUUUGAGUUGAGAGUGGACUGUUAGUGCUUCCCUGAACUCUUGUAUUAUAAAUAACUCUACCUUUAUGGAGCAACUCUCACUGGUUUGCUGUACGUAACGGACGGUUACUAGACAUAAGCGCAAAUUGCGACAAAGUUCCCCAUCAUCAGCGCAAGUAAAUGUUGGUAGAUGCUGAAGGCCUUCGUCGGGCAUCGUUACAGACGUCCUCAAUGGCCUCAGUGAACAGUAUAGUAUCUUACGUAAAAUAAAAUAAAAUACGAUAUUUCUGUUUACAUUAGCCACAAAACGAAAUAUGUGAGAUUUAAAAAAUGUCGUGUCUAGUAAAAUGCAUGUACAUCAGAAUCCUCUGCUGUACUGGUUACUAGCUAAUUAAGUACUGUCAAGUACUUCCGUCUCUACACAAAAAUAUAAUAUAAAUUAAUAUACUCUCAUAUUAAUUUACUACUUUUAAUGUUUAUAUUUACCAGACGUCGUGCCUUUGGUUAUCCUCGCAAACCACUACCAUAUGUACAACUUCUCUUCUGAGGGGUGAGCCACGUCGAAUGUUGAGAAUUAGACAACGUUUCGGCAAACAUUGUGGUUGCCAUCUUCAGGUGAACAUGAAAUAUAUGGGGGUUCUUGGAAACCAUGUACAGAACAGGUAAUAAGUGACGAGUUGGAUUUGAUGGUGCUGAUUGGUGGAGCUGAAGAGCGGGUUGUGUUGUAGCGUAAUUUUCACACGUGUUGCUUAUACACCAUAACACAGUUGUUUGCGAGGAUAGCUAAAGACCCAAAAAUGGACUGAUUAGUUCCGAAACAUGUCUAAUGCAAAAAUAAACAAUAAGUUUUGUAAUAAAUUAGUUUCCGUCUAGUCAAGUAAUACUGGGUAUAAAAAUUGAUUAGAUUGUGAAAUUAUUUCUCGACGUUUUUUGGUAAUCGCUUUGCGUGCGUGAUGGAUACAAAUUUGUCGUGAUUUGCAUUUAAGAGAGACUGUUCAGAACCGUUCACAGUUGGCGUCUCAGCUACUGUGUGCUUUCAGAGGCUCAGAGUGUGAACUCAACAUUUCGACGUCAUUCCACGUGGGGAAGUACCCGGCAGACAUCUUGAACAGUUAUUCCAAGUUUGUGUUUAAAAAGUAAGUGGAGAUAAGUGGGUUGAACGAAAUAAUUUACUGAAUAAUAUUUCAGUGUUUGAAAUGAACUGAAACUGUCUUUCUUGGGUGAAUUAUUUAUUCAGGAAAACAGCGUUUCAAAGAUCGUGCAUAUAAUUUUGAAAUCGUAUGGCCUACAGAGGCCUACCUCAGACUUAGAGGAACAAAAUUAGUGAAGUAGAUGGUAAUUUGACAUGAAUUUUCCACACCUUUAUGUUUAUCAAUAAUGGCCCAUUAAAAUAAUUAUUUUACAAA